UUAUAAUACGAUUUUACAUAAAUUCUGUUCGUGUACAAAGGCAUGUCGUAAGUCGCUUGUCUUGUACUGUUUAAUUUUAAUACCAUGUAGUAGAAUAAUCUGGCUAAUUUAAUAGGCUUGUGAAGGUGAUGAAUGCCAGUUUGCCUCACUAAAACUCUUGAAAUAUUAAAAGCAAAUACAUAUGGUGAAAAUUUUAAGGUAUUUUACUUUGCAUUAAGCGAAUAAAGAUCGAAUAAUAUUUUUUCGACAAUUGUUAAAAUUAUCAAAAGAUUUCAGUGUUAAUAAAACGUGUUUUAUUUCCAGAUGGGUCUAGACCACGAGCAACCAACUUAGAGCUUUGAAAAGGAUUUCACAAUUUAAGUACCCCCUAAGCACAAUAUGACUCCUCCCAGUAACGUCACCAACGUCACGGAGAUCGCUUCAGCCCCAGUGGACCCCACCGUGAUAUUCGGACCACAGAGAGACUCACUUGUCAUAGUGUUACCAAUAACUAUAAUAUAUUCACUUAUAUUUAUUACCGGGUUACUGGGUAACAUAUUUACAUGUCUAGUGAUAGUUAGAAACAAAAGUAUGCACACAGCAACCAAUUAUUACUUGUUUAGUCUAGCGAUGUCAGAUCUCCUUUUACUUAUUAGUGGCAUGCCCCAAGAGAUGUAUUCCAUAUGGGUCAAAUGGCCUUAUGUGUUUGGGCAUAGUUUUUGUGUGAUAAGAGGCUUAGCGGCGGAGGCUUCGACGAAUGCGAGUGUAUUAACAAUAACGUUGUUUACUGUUGAGAGAUAUCUCGCUAUCUGUCACCCGUUUGUUUCACAUAAAAUGUCGAAGCUCUCGCGAGCGACGAAGCAUGUAAUGCUGUUAUGGGUGGUGGCGGUGGGGCUGGCGCUCCCCCAGGCGCUACAGUUCGGGAUCCGAGAGCACAGUGGUGUCACAAUGUGCUUACAAACAAGAAUUAUUAUAGAGCACUCGUUCGAACUAUCGACGUUCUUCUUCUUUUUUGCGCCCAUGGUGCUCAUCACGGUGCUGUACUCAUUAAUUGGACUGAAACUGAGAGAAACCAAUGUAAGCAAGGAGGAAUGCCAAAAGGAGUUUGAUAGAAGUAUGAGAUACGCACACAAAAUACGACGAAAACACAGCCAAGCCACAAGGAGGGUUAUCAAAAUGUUGGUUGCAGUCGUGGUAGCCUUUUUCGUUUGCUGGGCGCCGUUCCAUGCCCAGAGGCUGGUUGCAAUAUACGGAACCACAGAGAAUCACUUAGCGCGGUCACCGAUACUCCUGUCUGUGUAUUCAUUCCUCACGUACACUUCUGGGAUCUUCUACUACGUAUCAACGUGCAUCAAUCCAAUAUUCUACCACAUCAUGUCGAACAAAUUUAGGGACGCCUUCAAGAAAACAAUGAUGUUAUGGUGCUGCCGCUCGAGCGAGAGGGCUGCGGCGAAGCGCUGCUCGUACACGGCGGUUGCCUUCCCACGGAACCCGGCGUCCAGCGGUAGCGUCAACUCAGGUAAUACAACAUCAAAGAAUUCGCUGCGGAACGACGCGAGCCUUCGCUACAAGUUGAGAGGGUUAGACAACUGCAGGGAUAGAAACGUGCCCACAGUGCACGUGUGCCACAACGGCAAGACGAUAAUGACGCCGCCACUCCACGACUACAGGACUUGCAAGCACUUCCAAAACACGACUCACGACUCAAUGAGUUUAGGCAACGAUAACCGAAGGCCAUGUUCUCCAGUGUGCUGCACCUUCCCAUCGUCCCCCACGGAGACCAUAACAGUCACUCCUGAAGCUUUAGUGAACAACAUUUCAGAAGAAAAACGAGAUUUCUCAGCAGACGAGCCAGAAAAGUAUCUAAAAGAAAUAAAAUUAAGAAUAAUACAACGAGAAAAAGAAUAUGGCUAAAACUUUUUUAACUAAUUGUAAAUUUAGGUGUUAUGUGUUAAGAGUCGAUCUCAGUGACAAGUCCAACGUUAAAAUUUUACGAGGUUAAAUUGUAUUUAUUAUAAAGAUAUUGUAUGCUUCACAACUUCUAUUUUCUACGUAUCUACAAAACGCACUUACAUAUUUGUCUCUAUAAAAAAAGGAAACAAAAAAUUUCUUGUAAAGUUCCUGCCCCUCAUUCCACAUUGAGACCGUUCAAUUCGAUCAAAAAGUGUCAUGUUCAUAUCGUUGAAAUGAAAAGAAAUAGUUUGAAAAAAAAAACAUUCGUUGGAUGCAUGAUAUUUCCGCAGUGUUGUGAGUUAACAGAAUAUAACGGAAUCAUCAUUAUUUGUCGAUUACAGCGUUUGUUUGAACUUAACGAUAAGUGGAUGUAACUUGUCUUAAGAAACAAUAAACGUGUUCUGACAGAGACUUUCAUAAAACCAACUCAAUUACGAAAGCAAUAAAUAGUUAAUUCCAAAAUUUUCUUCUUUCUUGUACGAACUGUGCUGAUUUGAUGAAAAUAGAUAGUUAUUGAUAAGCAUAACUUUUGCGAAGUGACUUGUUCCUGCGGGAAUAUGGUUCAUUUGCAUACGUACAGUGACUUACAGAAGUGCUUUUUGAAAUUUGACCCGGGUCAACUUAAACACGUAUGUAAAAAAAAAUACAACCGAGACUGAAAACUUGUACUUGAGAUAAUUGGUGUGUUUUAAGGUCAUUUCAAUCAUAAAAGGUAUAAAUUAUAUUGUACAUUCAACUUUAACUAUAUUUAUGACUUAUUGUAAAUAGAAUUUUCUCAUGUUUGUUGAGACGAAAUUAAUACAUGAAUAAAAAUCUUUAUUUUUCUCUA